UGGUACUAGAUUAACUUAUGCAUGCUUUCAGGCAUGGUUUUGGAGACAGAUUUAUUAAAUUAGAUAUGUCAAAUGAAAGGCAACCAUACAUCUCAUUUAAGUAAAUACAACUAACCGUAAACUUAUAAUAAAUUCAUUUGAUGUGUUCAUUGGCCUACAUUUUAAAAGUAUAGGUACUAAGUUUACUUUGAUUUUUUUUUAAGUGGUGCACUUUAUAAUAUAAUUGUUAGAAAUGAAAUGUUAGUAAGCAUUUUAAUGUUUUUUCCAAUCUGACAUGGAAACAAGCAAUAUUGCUUUAGCAGUGAGACAAAUUAGAGACGUUUUACUCUGGGUUGUUUUAUUUUUUACAGUCCUUUAUUUAUUUGUUUUAAAUGUGAACUCAAAUGGUGGUGGUUUCAUAGAAGUUAAUAAACCUUCAGAAAAAUUAUUGUGUCAAUCAGUGCGCAAGCUGCAAGAACGAGAUAAUUCUUUAUCAAAUACAAAUAUUAGUUUGCUGCUUGAAGUUCAAGAAUUAAGACAAAAAGUGGCAAUGUAUGAACGCUUAAAUAGACUGUUGGAGUUCAACUCUUGGAUGAGUCAGCAUGGAAGCAAAACGCGCCAAAAUAUUUUAAUUUUAUCUAGCGAGUACUGCGGAAGCUCUUUACUUGGAGAGUUGUUUAACCAGAAUCCUCAAAUAUUUUAUUUAUACGAACCUCUAAAAGCUCUAGAUUAUUACAAAGAUAAUCGUCCUUCAGAUGUAUACGAUUCUAUGGUUACAAAUCAAAUUGAUGGAAUUUUUCAGUGUAAGUUUGACGAUUUAUCAUAUUAUACAAAUUACAUGUCAUUUCAAUAUAGUUCUCUGAAAAGCCGACUUGCAAGUCGAGCUUUAUCAACGCCGCCGUUAUGCCCCGAAGCUAAUGCAAGAUCAUUUUAUAGCAUUCGUAUGUGCACUCCGCUAAAACCCAAGACUACAUCUGCAAUAUGCAAAUUGCAUCAACAUACCGUUAUAAAAACAAUACAAUUUUCGGACGUUCAUAAGCUAUCAUAUUUAAUGGAUAAAGAUGGAACAGAUUACUUGUUAAAAGUAGUACAUUUGGUUCGCGAUCCUCGUGCAAUUGUUUUUAGCCACUUCCAAAGAAACUUUAGCUCUUCCAAUUUUUCUAUAAGUUUAAAAGAAUAUUCAACAAAACUCUGUUCGCAAAUGUUACAAAACAUAAAAUAUGCUAUAACAGCACCUCCUUGGUUACAAGGAAAAUAUACUUUGCUACGAUAUGAAGAUCUAGGUACAAAUCCUCAUCAGAUAGCAGAAUUAGUGUACAAGUUCGCAGGAGUACCAAUAGUUUCACAAGUUCGAAUGUGGCUCGAUAAACUUGCAGACGGAGGAGCUACCCAACGCCCAACACAAUUUGGCUCAUCUACGUCUGGAUCUGUUGAAGAAUUUAAUGCAAGGAACCUUACACAAUCGGUGCAUAACUGGCGUACGCAAUUGCAAUACAAAACAGUUAGAGCAAUUGAAACUGAAUGUUACGAAGUAAUGAACUUGUUGGGAUAUAAAAUUGUUGACGACGAAGAAGAAUUAACAACUCUAAACUUAUCUUUAGUUGAUUAGUAUUUGAUUCUCUUCACUUUUUUUUAAUAGCAGUUAUGGGUAUUUAAUUAAUUGCGAUUUAGUUGAAAAUAUAAUUUUACAGUUUUAAAGUACCAUACUGCUUGAGGAGAAAAAAAAUUAAAUGAAGAUUUAGAGAUUAGCGAGAUCCUCAAGGGAUUUACUUAACGAGAGGUCUCUUGUUACCUUUUAUUUAAUUGUCUUCUCGUUACCGUAUAAAAAAAUGUUUCUUGUUACUGAAUAGCAAAUCGUUAUCUUAUUACUGUAUUGAGAAUCGUCUUUUGUUGCUGUAUUGCUUUGAACUUGUAAAAAUACAUGUACUUAGUUCAAAUAAUCGUUCGCCGUGUGUUUAA